AUGGAAGGAGGGUCCAAACAGCUUCAGUUUGUAGAAAUAUGCAAUGGUUGUUACAGGGUACAACAUUCAGUUCAGAUUUCUUAUUGUUGCCCUUGGGUAAUGUUGAUAUUGUCUUGGGGAGUCCGGUGGUUAAACACCCUUGGUAGGAUCCUCUUUGACUUCAGAAAUAGAACCAUAGAGUUUAUGUACCAGGGAUUGGAGGAUGAUCUGCAGUGUCAUAAUAUACAAGCUACUCAAGGUGAAUCUCUAACACCUGCUAUAGCUGUCCUGAUUAAGCAAUAUGCUAGCAUCUUUGAACCCCCUACCACUCUUCCACCCCAUAGAGGCUCAUUUGAUCAUAGAAUACCUCUAAUGGAAUCUGCUAAUCCUGUCAGUAAGAGGCCUUAUAGAUACCCUGGCAUUAAGAAGGAUAUCAUUGAAAAACUUGUUCAAGAGAUGCUGGAUCAAGAUCUACUGGAUGAAUUAGGUGGUGCAGUUGUGUUCUCAAAAAUUGAUUUAAGAGCUGGUUAUCACCAGUUAAGAAUGCAUGAGGAUGACACUCAUAAGACAGCUUUUAAAACUCAUGAGGGGCAUUAUGAGUUCCUAGUCAUGCCCUUUGGCCUGACCAAUGCACCCUCAUCAUUUCAAAGCUUGAUGAAUUCAGUUUUUAGACCACUAUUAAGGAAGACAGUCUUGGUCUUCUUUGAUGACAUCCUAAUCUACAGCAAGAGCCUAAGUGACCAUGUUGGGCAUGUCAAGGUGGUUUUUGACUGGAUGCAAAGGUAUCAACUGUAUGCCAAGAUUUCCAAGUGUGCCUUUGGAGUGCCUAAGACCCUUACAUGUCUCCUCAAGAAGGAAGGGUUCAAAUGGUCUGAGGAAGCCACUUUAGCAUUUGAAAAGCUUAAAUUAGCACUGAUUUCUCGCACCGUUCUAGCUAUGCCGGACUACUCUAAACCUUUGUGGUGGGCGGAUGCGAGUGGUAAAGGUAUUGGUCUUGUGUUGAUGCAACAAGGGCAUCCAAUUGCCUAUAUUGGUAAAUCCUUGGCACCAAGGCAUCAAGCCAUGUCAGUCUAUGAUAGGGAGUUGUUGGCUCUCGUAUUUGCUGUCAUCAAAUGGUCCCAUUACUUGCUAGGAAGACCAUUUACUGUCAAAACUGAUCAGAAGGCACUAAAGAACUUGUUAGAACAACAUAUUCACACUGAUUUCCAGGUCGCUGGUAUUUCUAAACUCAUGGCAUUUGAUUUCUCCAUUGAAUAUAAGAAGGGGGCAGAAAACAAAGCUGCUGAUGCCUUGUCAAGAAGACACGAUUCGAGUUAUUGGUGGAAGGGCAGACUUGUUGUGGGCAAUGAUCCACAGUUAAAGCAGACUAUUAUUGGGCUAUGGCAUAAUUCUACACAAGGUUUGCUGCAACCUCUACCUAUACCUGAUGGGGUGUGGACUGAUAUCUGCAUGGAUUUUAUUGAAGCCUUACAUAAGUCUAAAGCUCAGUCUGUGGCACAAUCCUUUCUUGAUCAUGUCUUUAAACUGCAUGGGUUGCCUGCUACUAUUACUAGUGAUAGGGAUCCCAUAUUCCUCAGUACUUUUUGGCAAGAAUUGUUCACGUUGCAAGGUGUCCAACUGCAUAGGUCUACUGCUUAUCACCCUCAGACUGAUGGUCAGACUGAGGUUUUGAAUAGGACACUUGAAACUUACUUGAGGUGUUUUUGCUCUGAUUGUCCUACUGAUUGGUCCAACUAUUUACCUUUAGCUGAAUGGUGGUAUAAUACCACAUAUCACACAGCUAUAAGGUGCACUCCCUAUGAGGUUUUGUAUGGUCAAAAGCCUCAUAUUCACCUUCCUUAUUUGGCUGGGGAGUCAUCUUGUGAGAUGGUAGACAGAUCCUUGACUGCUAGGGAAGCUAUUAUACUUCUCUUGAAGUUUCAUAUUUUAAGAGCUCAACAGAGGAUGAAGGAUCUGGCUGACAAGCACAGUCCUUAUUGUCCCAAUCCUGAAGCUGUCCUUGAUAGAAGACUUGUCAAAAGGGGUAAUAAGGCUGUGGCUCAAGUUCUAGUGAAGUGGUCAGACUUAGAUGCAGCUGAUGCUACUUAG